CAUUCACCGGACCAAAACUAGUCUAUAUCGGUGUGCCGUAGUCUAAUACAAUCGUCGUUCUCUCGAACCCCAGAAAAUCCCCAACAAUGGCGAUAGCUGGUUUACAGAGACUCACAUCCCGAAUCUGCCGAAACCCUUCACUUUCUCUCUCCUCCAAAGCAAUCAUCACAAGAUCCUCCGCUUCAUCGGCAUCGUCACCAUCUUCAUCAUCAUCAUCCAGGAAAGUCGCUGAUCGAAUUGUGAAGCUCUUCGCCAUCGAUCCCGAUGGCGUGAAGCGCGAGAUUGUCGGACUCACUGGUCAGACCCUGCUCAGAGCCCUAGCGAACAACGGCCUCAUCGAUCCGGAGUCGCACAGGCUGGACGAUAUCGACGCUUGCUCGGCGGAGUGCGAGGUGAACAUCGCCGAAGAGUGGCUCGAGAGGAUGCCCCCGGCGUCGUACGAUGAGCAGUACAUCCUGAAGAGGACUUCGAGAGCUAGGGUUUUAAACAAGCAUUCGAGGUUGGGAUGCCAGGUGCUGCUCACGCAGGAUCUCCAGGGGAUGGUCGUCGCGGUGCCCGAGCCGAAGCAGUGGGACACUUGCUAAGAAUCUCCUGAGUGAUUACUGUAAGGAUCUUGAAAUGAAUGUGGGUUCUUUUGAAUUGAAUAAUGUGCACACUUUUGGUACUCAAUGCUGUUUUUUAUGUUCUAUUUGAUGGGUCUGAAAAUUCGUAUUUGGAUAUGUUGGAAAUCAACUAUGUUUUGUGGUAUUAGUUGCAUUUGAUUAUCAUCAGUCUCUUUGGUUUCUGUACUUUUGAGUGAACCAUAGACCAUUGUUAGGAAUGUCAGCUUUGGUUAUACAAUUAAUCAUUAUAUAAUCGAUAUAUGACAUCUCUUUAUGAGUUUGCCUAUCCA